UCUGUUCAGUAAAUUAGUACUGCUGUUUGAUCAACAACAUGAUUUCUGUUUGGAUUUUAAGUACUCUGAUCCUCAGCUACACUUUAGGGGGUCCCCUCUUCAAAAACACAAGCAGUGGUUCGAAUAUGGAGACUUCUCCCAAUGUUACAAAGACGAACUUCACAGAGUUUACUACUCCGACAAACAGAUCUGUAAGGCUUCCAAAAUUCUUGCGAAGGUGUCUUCUUUCCACUUGUGGCUUGUGGAACCUGGGGGCAUUGCUACAGACUGGAAAUGAGGUUGCAGGGGACUUUACCAAUGAUCCAUUUGGAUUUGGCAAAAAAUGAUGCAUGUGUUGAUGCAAAUGAUGCAAUAAUGAAAAUGUUUGAAGAAUCAGGUUUUGAUUAAAUAUAUGAGGAUGUUGCACUAAUAUUGCAUUACAUUAAAACGGCUUAAUUGUCUUCUUUUAUGUGCUGUAAUAAAAAUCUAUAUUCUUUAAACAGUACUUUUAUGAUGAUGUUUCUGUUUUCAGUUGGAUGAAAUCCAGCAAUUUAUUUCCAUCCCCUCCAGCCAAUUUCUGUAAAACUGUACACUUGAUUUUAUUGUAUACCUAUUACUAACCAU